AUGUUUAAGAAAGACAUCACCCCCGGCACCAAAUCCAAGCUCAAGUCCUCGGUCCAGCGCGGCAUCCGCCAGAGCGUCCUCACCACCUUCCCCCUCCUCACCCCGCACAUCGACGCCGUCCUCCCCAAAAAGGCCGACCUCACCUCCAUCAAGCUCCCCGACCGCGCCAUCCUCUACGCCGUCGACGGCGUCCCCUCUUCUUCCAGCCCGACGGCUCCGCGGGGCCCAUCGGGCGCCGUCCGCUUCGUCCUCUCCGGCGCCACCCUCAUGGCCCCCGGCCUCACCUCGGUCGGGGGCCGCCUUCCCGAGCCCAGGGACGGUCCGGCGCCCAACGGCGCGGCCGAGGGCGAGGUCGACGGCCACUGGAGCAGGGAGCUGGCCAAGGGCGAGGUUGUCGUCGUCAUGGCCGAGGGGAAGACGGAAGCUUGCGCUGUCGGCAUCUUGGUCGAGGGUACCGAAGGCGUCAAGGAAAAGAAGAAGGGCCCCGUUAUUGAAGAGGCGCAUUACCUCGGAGAUGGCUUGUGGAACAUAAACUUGGAUUGA